AUGUCGAACAGCAACUCCAACAAUCAUGAUGCGGACGGUCGGUCGUCAUUCGUGACCUCUUCGACCGACUUUGCGCUCCCGUUCGGCAGCAGCAGCUCCAGAACCACGAACCACAGUACAUCCAAUAGCGGUGGAGGCAGCAGUAGCAGCAGCAGCAGCAAUGCGGGUUUCUUCCAGACCGCUUCUUCGUCGGCGCCCAUCUCGAUCCCAUCCAGUCCCUCUCUCGCGCUCAGCUUCAAUCACCAAUCGGCAUCGGCAGCGGGGAGCCAUCACACUCCCCUGCUCUCGCUGUCCGCAAACAUGGGCUCGUCGUCCCCCUCCAAGCUCGUCAUCUCCGGCGCAGGCUUAGGCAUCGGUAACCUGCCGUCGCCCUCGUCGGCGAGAGAAAACAGCAACAAUCCGCUCGCAUCAACAAUAUACAACGGCGGCCAACCGCAGUCUCCGAUACUAUCGCUCGCGGGGGAAGGCUGGCCUCCACCGCCGUUCAACGCCUUUCUCCCUGCCGCUUCGUCGUCGUCCUCCGCCUCAGGCAGCGUCGCCACGCCCGCUGCACUGCUCCGGCGCGCACCGGGCAUGAACUCGCCUGGGUUCGCCAUUGCUUCUCCCGCCCGCUUUCGGAGGGCAAGCAUGCUCGGUCGUGAGAUUACGCCCUUCAACCUCGACCAGGACGAACGGUCCGAUGACGACGAUCGGUCGCACGAUGCCGCUCAGCAUUCUCAGCAAGGCGGGAGCAGAAGACGCUCGAACCAAGACCCAGACGACGGCGACGAUGAGAUGAUGCAGGUCGAAGACGAUGAUGCAGCCUUACCCUCGCGUGCUCCUAAUACUCCGCUUAUGGGUCCACCACUGUCGCUCUUCAACACACCCAGCACUCCGCCUCCAGCAGCAGCAGCAUUGUUCUCGUCAUCGUCCCAUCUGGCACACGCAAGACCGAGCUUAGCGUCCUCAGCACUCGCACGAGCAUCUGCGUCGGAUUCUGGCCAGGACAGCUCCUCAUCCGCUGGAAUCGCCACGCGCGCUGUACCGCGCUCUCCAUCCUCCGGACCGUCCAUGGGUUCGCCCCUCGGACCCUCGGGCAACCGCUCGCGCUCCUCCUCGCUGCUCUCGUCCAACGUGGUGCGGAAAGCUGUCACUCGUCGAGGCAACCUCCUGCCAAAAGACCGGUCCGUCGCCCGCGUCGCCGCUUCGCUGCAAGAUGAAAGCAAACCGGAAGACUCCGAGAUCGCCUCCGAAGCCAAACUACAGAAACGCCUUGGCGGAGAUGCAACGCUCCCGCGCACACCUCGUUUUGGUGCCAGCGCCACCGGGUCCAUCUCCUGCAGUGCGCCUGGCGGUGGCGGUGGUGCCAGCAGCACCGGCGGCGGCAACGCUGGGGGGUCCAUGCGUAUGUCAAGAUCGCCGUUCUUUGGCGCAUCUGGCAGUGGAACCGGAGCAGGCGGAUUGGGAGCAGGCUUUUCGAGACGCAAGUACAUGUGGGAUGACGACGUGGACGACAUCCGUGGAGUGUUUACAGCGGACGGGUUAGAUGACGGCGAGAGUUCCGACAUGUCGAGUGAAGAGGAGGAGAUGAUGAUGUACUAUUCACGCAAUGAUUCCUUAUCAGAUGAGGAGGAUGAGCUGCGCAGUCACGCGCUCGAAGCGUCGGCUAUGCGAGACGCUGCAUCAUCUUCCGUCACUGGCGCAGCAGCUGGUGGUAACGACGCUUCCGCUCAGUCGAACAACAUGGCUGGCGGUAGCGGUGCAGCAGCGCUAUCGACGAGUUUCGGAUCUACCGCAGGAUCGGCAGCCGCCAACAGUAGCGGUGUAGGUUCUCUACCCAAGCGCAAGAACAACGCACUGUGGAUGGGAUUCAGAGACAAGGGCAACGCACAUAAAUGGUCGCCUGGCGGAUCGACUAGCGCUGCCGCUACCUCUGGAGGAGGAUCCAACAACGGAGUGUUCAGCGGCGAACGCGCGGCGUGGCGACGAGGAGGGACAGCGAUGGACCUCGACACCUCGCCUCGAGUGUUGGGUCCCGCAUCCGGUGCACGUCUGCCCAAGAGGAAGACGAUGGGCGACGACAGGUACGAGCCAUACAAACGGCGGGCUGUGUCGCCCAUGAACCUAGGGUCGUCGCUAGGCACAACUCCAACCAAUGCCAGUAUCGCCGCCGCUGUCGCAGCAGCGUCUCAUACCACCACCGGUGGAGGAGGGUCCAACUCACCGCUGCUCAUGCCCAUAUCUUCGCCGUCAGGCGGGAUCCUCUACCGCGGGAUCCACCAUCACUACCACGCAGCGUACGCCUCGCGCUACUCUACGUCGCCGACGAUCUCGAGACCGUGCACACCCGUGCAAUCCUCGUCUACAGCAGCAGCGGCGACGACUUCGGCGGUGGUAGCGAUGGGUUCCUUUUCGCCUGCAGCGUCUGGCAGUGGACCGGGGUACGGUAGCGGCGCGCUGGGGUUGUCGAUUUCGGCCAACAACCCGCAGAGUUUGGAGAGCAGGAUGCAGUUGGAGCAGCAGCAGCAAAACGAGGCGUUGAUGGACGAGAAGGUGGGCAUGCUCGGUCUGUCCUAG